GAGGAAGUGGUAUUAAGCUCACAGACAACAUAGCAUAACCUAAACUGUAAAAUAUUAGGUGAAAUGAAGGUGUAAAACCUUAACUGGAAUUGAAUGAAAAUGGAAGGAAGAUUCUGGAAAUGGCUCCUAAGUUCUAAGCUUUGUAACUUCCUAGAGCUCUGUCUCAUUCAUUCAUCCAUUCAUUUUCAGAUAUGUAUUCAAAGUAGGGGUUGACAAAUAUAUUUUCGACUAAAUACAUCAAGAUCACAUCAAAAAAGUAGAGUAGCUCACCUACCGUGCCACUAAGAUUGGUAUGUCAAGUUUACAUCAAAUAGAAACUAAACUCUACACUUUAUACGUUGAAAGCUAAAAUUACAAAUAAACUAACAAGGAUCAAGGAAAAAACUCAAGUUCUUCAACAUAAACCUAAUACAAUAACAUCAUAUGGAUUCUCAAACUACGGUGUACGCCUUAUCUUGAAUGAAUGCAAUCACUUCUUAGAAGCAUCUUUGUGUCUUCUUGUGCUCAACUAUCUUCAUAUCCCUUUGGUGUGCUCAUCUUAUGUUCUACCAAUACUCAUCAAUUUUCUCCAAAGUUCUUAGUUUUGCUAUAUUUUACCUGUGCAAAAGAAUAGAUUAUAUCUCCCCUAGUAAUAGUUUGUGUAGAUUGGAUCUGUUUCUAGUUUACUCUUUAAGAUGUGAUGAACUACAGAUGCAGCGCGGUUAUCACUUCAGAGAGUGGACUGUAUGUUGUUGAUAAUAUUCCGACCAAAACUACGUGGGUGUUUAAUCAUACAAGCUGGCAAUGAAGAUCAAUAGAUACUGCUCUUUGGUACAGUUCCCCCAUGACAUAUUCUAGAUUCCUGAUUCCCUUUGAUAACAUGAGGAAAAAAAUAGAUCCUUGACAAAGUACUAGCGUCUUUUGUAGUCUGAAGUUUUAGAAUGUCUGUUUUGUUGAAGACUUAAAAAUCUAUACCAUAGGUCCUGUUUGGUCUGGUCGCCAUUUUUCAGGAAAUUGCUUGUCCCCCGGAAACUCUUUCAGUGGAAAUGCAUCAGUUAUUUUGAGCUGGACUGCAUUUUAGCUUAGUUUAAUAACAAUUUACUGUUUUA